AUGCCCGAACGGCCUCGUUUGGAGCAACGCAAGCGGAAAAACUCACACGACUCGAGAGCUGGAGACGACUCGUUUCAGCGGUGGCGAACGCAGCUCUUGACGCGUCUACGUGCUGCGGCAACCGGCGACGACGACCACGACGACGCACAUUCUGGUCACUUUCUAACGCUCUCUGGAGCGGAGCUCGUAAACGGCGGGUUCCCACAGACGCAGCGCCCUUCGCGAGGUCAGACAGCCCUGCUCCUUUCUCACAAAACAAGCGGCACUGGCACCUCUACUGAGUACACUGGUGCUGUAACUUUGCGCAGCGUGCCAACGCGAGUGCCCGCCACAGGAACCUCGGUGAGCGCACUGGCAGUCGGAGACGCGUUGUAUCCGCGACUCACUGAUACCUUGCCAGCAUAUCUGGAGGAAGGGCUCGUUCAGUCCCAACGUGCUGGUGGCAAGUUCGGGGCCGGUGGAAACACAGACCGCCGGGUCGGUCUCUCGAGUCAGCUGGGCAGGCCGCUUCGCCGACUGGCCUCAGCCUGUCGCUGGACACUGCUUGGUGCAGCUGGUCUUGCAGCCCUUAUUCUGCUGACUCGUCUGGCAGCCAUGGCAUGGGGUGGCAUCGUUGCAGGCAGUUUGCUGUUUGUCGUCCUAACGCUAGUAUCUUGGUUCGUGGUGGGUAUGAUCUGGCGGAAAAACGCAGAUGUUUACGCCAUUGCGCGGCUUACUGUGUUUAUGUCGGGAUUCUGUAUGUGGUUCAUGUGGAUCAUGUGCUACAUGGAUCAAAUGAAUCCCAUCAUUCGACCGAUUCGCAAAGUUUAG